AUGAUCACCACACGUCUUUAGACAUCCUGUGGACUCCAUGAUCACCACACGUCUUUAGACAUCUCACCUUUGGAUUACGCACGGGUGUCCUCUGGAUUCCUCCUGAAGGCACCUGGAGGAGACAGUGACCAUGCCGUGUGUCCAAACCCAGUGCGGUUCUUCCCCCCAAGGGGCCAGCGCGGCCUCUCGGACGGCGGGCGGCGAGCGGAGCUGUGGCUCCCUCACCCCGGAGUUCGUCAAGUUCAGCAUGGACCUGGCCAACAGUGAAGCGGCGUCCUCGACGUCGGGAGCGACCGUGGUGGGUCCUCCAGCGGAACACUACGGCUGCAACUACGACGUGAAGCCCCAGUGCGUCUUCCAAACGCCGCUUCAAGGCGAGAUGGGCUACGUGAAGGUGGAGGACGCGCUGGCGUGUCCACGCUUUCAGCCCAAUCUGCACCUCCAGGAUGAUCCGCUCCCCUCCUAUUACUACCGUUCUCCAUCCCUGCGAGCGUCCAUCUCGUCCAACUUCCAAACAGCACCGGCGUGGGAGGACUCCGGUUCGCUGUUCCGUCAAGACUAUUUGUUGCGGAAAAACCCAAUGUCCAGAUUCUCGUGGUUUUCCCUCAAGCACGCGCAGGAAGGACCUCAGAACUUGUCCACCUGUCAGAUGAAAUUCGACCGACCUUACGCGGCCAGAGCGCACCAGGCAUUGGACUCCCCCGGGCUUCUGUGCUGUCCUGGACUGGGAAAGCAGUCCUGCGCGGGGCUUCGCCCUCUCUCGCUCGGUCAGAGUCACCACUUGUUGGACGACCUCAGUCCUCUCGCCGGACGAGCGGACUCCGAGGGACUUUGCGCCGUUUGCGGGGACAACGCAGCGUGCCAGCACUACGGGGUCCGCACCUGCGAAGGCUGCAAAGGAUUCUUCAAGCGCACAGUGCAGAAAAAUGCCAAGUAUGUAUGCUUGGCGGCCAAAAAUUGCCCCGUGGACAAACGCCGGAGGAACCGCUGCCAGUACUGUCGCUUCCAGAAAUGCCUUACAGUUGGAAUGGUCAAAGAAGUGGUGAGGACAGACGGUCUAAAAGGUCGCAGGGGUCGCCUGCCCUCGAAACCAAAAUCCCUUCCUGACUCGUCCUCACCAAUCAGCACCCUGCUGAGCGCCCUAGUUAGGGCCCACGCCGAGUCCAACCCUUCACGCCUUGAUUACUCCAAAUUCAAGGAAAGUCCGGAGAGCCCUCCAGGAGACGACGCUCAGCACGUGCGUCAUUUUUACGAGCUGCUCACCCGAUCCAUGGAGGUGCUUCGAACCUGGGCGGUGAAGAUACCGGGCUUUGCUUCCCUACCCAGACAUGACCAAGACCUCCUGUUCUACUCCUCUUUCUUGGAGCUCUUUGUGUUACGUCUGUCGUACAGGUCCAACCCAGGUGAAGGGAAGCUGGUAUUCUGUGACGGCUCCGUCUGGGACCGCCUCCAUUGUGUGCGGGGCUUCGGCGAGUGGAUUGACAGCAUCGUUGAGUUCUCCACCAAUUUGCAGAGGAUGAAUUUGGACGUGCCGACCUUCUCUUGCAUAUGCGCCCUGGCCCUGGUCACAGAACGACAUGGACUGAAGGAGCCGAGGAAGGUGGAGGAGCUGCAGAGCAACAUUGUCAAAUGCUUGAAAGACGGCAGCCCGUGUGCAGACAGAGACUCCAACCCUUGGUCAAACCAUUUGUUCAGACUGGUGGAGAAGCUGCCUGAACUCCGCACUCUGUGUAUUCAAGGCCUGCAGAGGAUUUUUUAUUUAAAGCUGGAGGACUUGGUGCCACCACCUGCAGUAAUUGAUAAGUUAUUCCUCGACACGUUACCUUUUUGA